AGCGCCAUGGCUGAGGCUCUGACAGUACCUCUUUCUGUCGAAGACGAGAAAGUUCGCAAGUCGUCCUUGGAGAACUCCCAGAAUGAUUCACUGGAAUCGAUAGAGAGGAUCAGGNAGAUUGAUCCUGACAUUGAAAGGAGAGUCGUGCGCAAGUGUGACUGGUGGGUUGUACCUGCUCCGACAAUCAUCUUCGUGCUUUCUUUCAUUGACCGGAUCGAAGGUAUGCUGACAGACCUCCAUAUGGUCAAGCACGACUACAACAUCGCCUUGUUUAUCGUCUUUAUUCCAUUCAUCCUUUGUGAGACUCCAAGCAACAUGAUCCUUAAGCGCAUCACCCCACGCGUCUGGUUGAGCUUCUUGCUGUUCGGCUGCGGACUCAUGGCCAUCUGCCAGGGCUUGACGAAAUCCUUCGCGGGCCUGGUAGUCUGCCGCUUCAUCCUGGGAAUCUUCGAAGCUGGUAUCUCUCCUGGAAGCAUCCUCCUCAUCACCAUGUACUACCGCCGUGAAGAGCUGCCUCGCAGGAUCAGCUGGUGGUAUAUGUCAGGUACCAUAGCAGGCGCUUUUGGUGGUCUGCUUGCGUACGCUCUGGCAAACAUUAUCGUCAUGUACUGGUGGCUUGCAGACUGGCCAGCAGACUGUCGCUUUUUGACUCCAGAUGAGCACAAAGUACUGAUGUGGCGCCUGACGGAUGACAGUGAGGGCGAAGCCAAGAUGGAUCGAGUCAACUGGUCCAGAUGUGCAAGAGACUGGAAGANNACUGCAAUGUACUUUGGUGUUGUAGCACUCAACUACUCGACCAAUAACUUCAACCCAACUCUCCUGAAGGAGCUUGGCUAUACAUCUGCAGCAGCACAGAUUCACUCGAUUCCUUUGUAUGUCGUUGCCAGUGCCUUCUGUCUUGGGUCUUGCUACCUGUCGACAUACAUCAACAACAAAUUCUGGCCCCUGCAAUUCGGCGUGCUCCUCGGCAGCGUUGGCUUCAUCAUUCUUCUGGUUCAGAAGUCACCUAUGGUUGGACCCAGGGCCGCAUACAUGGCGCUCUUCUUCAUCACCAGUGCUGGUUACAUUGUACAGCCCAUGGUCGUGUCGUGGGUCAUGAACAAUGCAUCUGGGCAUUACAAGAGGGCGUUCACCUCGGGUACCAUGAUCGGCUUGGGCAAUGCUGGCGGAUUGGUAUCAAGCAAUGUCUUCUUCCAGGAAGAGGCGCCAUACUAUGCGACCGGAUACGGGACAUCGUUGGCAUUGCUGAUCCUGACAAGCAUCGCGGCAGUAGUGUUCUACCUUGGGCUCAACAGAGAGAAUGCCAAACGAGACGCUGGCAAGCGUGACAACCGGCUUCAGCUGUCGGAUGCUGACAAUCUUGGAGACGACCAUCCCUCUUUUCGCUUCAGUUUUUGA